AGACUUGACCUAAAGGUCUUAGUUACCAGGUCAUAAAAUCCCUUUUUAAAAAGUAGGUAUCAAAGGUUAAGGUUAUAUUAUUAAAAGUUCUUGACUUUUAAACUAAGAUCUAAUGUUUUAUUUAUAUUUAAAUAUGUAAUAAAUUAAGAGUUACAAAUAGAGCAAAGUGUGUCUUACACAACCGAAUGUUACAUUUAACUAUUCUAACCUAAUAACCAAAACAUAAACAAUCAACAAUGUCCGCUAGAUUUGAUGGGGCCCUACACAAAUUUCGACAGCAAUGCCCUUAUGUGAGCAAAGACCUGCUCCGCUGGUUCCCUGGUCAUAUGAACAAAGGUCUAAAACAGAUGCAACGUAAAUUAAAAAGCGUUGAUUGUGUCAUAGAAGUACACGAUGCCAGGAUACCUUUUACGGGCCGAAAUCCAAUCUUCACAAGCACAUUGACUGGCGCUAAACCUCACAUAUUAGUCCUUAACAAGAGGGAUUUAGUCAUAACAUCAUUAAUUCCUCGAAUUAAAGAUCAAUUAAAAGCUGAACAAAAUGUCGACAAUGUCGUGUUUACAAACAGCAAAGACCAGUUUUGCCGCGGUCUGAAGACUAUUAAACCUUUAAUGGUUGAUUUAAUAAAAAAUUCUAAUAGGUAUAACAGAAGCGAGGAACUAGAGUAUAAUGUUAUGAUAAUUGGAGUUCCAAAUGUCGGUAAAUCCUCUAUGAUCAACAUGUUGAGAUCCAGGAAUAUUAGUGGAAGGCAUGUGCUGCCGGUCGGUGCUGUUGCCGGUGUAACCAGGAGUCUUAUGAUGAAGAUGAGAAUAAAUAAUGACCCCUGUAUAUUUAUGUUAGAUACUCCAGGUAUCUUAGAGCCAUCAGUAACAAAUAUAGAAAUGGGUUUGAAGCUUGCAUUGUGUGCUGCACUCCAAGAUCAUCUCGUAGGCGAGGAGAUCAUCGCAGAUUACUUGCUGUACUGGCUUAACAAGCAUAGGAAAUUUAAAUAUGUGGACUUCAUGGGCUUAGAUGAGCCUUGUGAUGAUAUUAAUAAGGUACUCCUCUCCGGCGCUAUUAAAUACAACCGUAUCAGAAAAGUUAGAGACUUUGAUGGUAAAGUCCGGGAUGUACCGGACCUUCUUGAAACCUCCAGACACAUUAUUAAAGCCUUCAGGACGGGAGAAUUGGGAAAAGUCAUUCUAGAUAUUGACCUGUUGGAGAAUAGACCUAGCAAUAAACAGGAGGUUCUAGCAUAACUGUUCUAUUAUUCUUUAUAUUCAGCUCAAUUCAAAGAGAAAUGAAAUUUUUGGAACUACCAUUUAAAUGAAGAAAUUAUUAAUCCACAUAUUGAACUUUCCUUUAAAAUGUAGUUCAUUCACUCACUUAUUAUGUCGGAUGCUGAGAAUUAUCAGGUCUGAAAUUUGUCAACAUGCUCUCGAGAGUGAUGCCAACCAUGUUAAAAGAUUUGGAAAAAUUCAAAUACUAAAGACAAAUGAGUCGACUAUUAUCAAAGCCGGCAAUCUGACUUUUGGAUAAUUAUUGGUAAAUCAGAAAAACGAAUUAUUGACUUUGUAUUCCAUUGGCAGUCACAAAACUCUUCGGAACGACAUCUUAGAUAAAUAACAGGUUAACUAUUAACCUUUAUUUAAUGCAGGUUUUGAACCGUAUUCUUUGGAGGAGACGAUUAUAUUCAAAUCAAUCUGUAUUGACAUAUCAAUAACAUUUUUUUGUCCAAAUGCACAGAUUGCCACCUUUGAUAAUAGACGACUCAAAUAUAGCACUGAAACUAAUUUAAUAAAAAAGUACCCAAAAUUAUAUCAUACAAACGAUGAAAACCUAAAUCAAAGAAACUGUCAGACCUCGAGAAACUGUUAAUUCUUUCUGUGUGCAACAAAACGUAAAUGCCAAUAAAUUUAUAGAAAAUUUGAGGAUAAAUAACGUCUCACUUGUCUGUGACUCAAAUUAAAAUAUUCAUAAUUUAAAUAAAAAAUAAAUAAAACAUUCAAUGUCAGAUUAAACCACGAAAGUCAUCAUAGUCCUAUUUGUUAAAACACAUCAGAUGUAAUGCCUGAUGAGCACGUAUUUAUACAGAGAUAUGUAAAUAUACAGGAAAUGGCAAAUUAUAGUAAGAAUCAGCUAAAAUCUGUUGUAAUAUAAAACAGUCGACUAGCAAUGUACACAUAAGCCGUUUUAAUGAAGCCACCAUUCAUAGUUAGUGUCGAUGGCAACACGCAUCUUCAAUUAGUUUUCUAAUCUUCUAUAAAUAGAGAACUCUCCAUAAAGUCUAUGGGUUAUGAUAACCGCUUAACUCCACGCGAUCCGUGCGCUCGAUCACCCAUCUACGCAAUAAAAACAUAUACAACGUAUUUUUACGCAACUAAAUGAUAUUGUAGAAUGAAUAUGAGUAAAUGAAUUAUGAAUACUAAUUAGUAGGUAUUUCCUACGUCUAUUAUGAGUUUUUGUCGCUUUUUUUUUGAACCAAUGUUAUUUUAGUGAUGAAAAAAUUUUGAAUAUUUUUCCGGUGUCCGUGAUUAAAUUACAUAGUUUUAAUUGCCUCUGAAUAUUAUUAAAUUAAGUGUUGAAUGAAACCUUAACACUAAUCAUACCAACGCUUACUGAUACCUAUUUGUACCAUAGCGGGUAGAUAACGGUAUACGACAAGUAUAACUCAAAAUAAACAAAAAAAUAGUAUAAUAACUGUAGAUUAAUGGGUAAAAAAAAUCAUGAAGUCAAAUGUGCAAAAGCAAUAUUAAGAUACGUGCAUUUUCGCUGCAAAAGUUCAAAAUGGGUCAUUUGACCCCUUAAAGUAUGUUUAGUGUUAAUAUUGUGUAAAUAUAGGUUUAGUUGUAAAUAAAUAGUUGUCUGAAGCAAAAUUUCUUUGAAACGUUAUUAUUUCUGUGAUUUAAUAGGUGUCUUCAGGUGCUCAACAAUGUGCGGAAUACGCGCUCAAGUGAUCACUUAAUACCAUAUAAGCCGUGAGCUCGUUUACCCAUCCUUAUCGAUUGGUCAACCUAUUUUAUAGUUUAUUGAAACUCUAUUUUAACUAUGAAAGCGACGUAAUUAGAUUCUAAACUUUCCGACAUAAAAAAAACUGUGGCCUCUUUUAAAUAUGCAGUGACGUAAAAAGAAAUCACUACUAGUCAUUUCAGUCAUACAAACUGACUUAUGAAACCACAAUACACAGAAUUGAAGAAAAUCAAAGACGUAAAAUGUUCAAAUCAUAAAAUUAAUGUGUACUAAAAAUUAACAAACUAAAUAGAUACAUUAGGUAAUAUGUGCAUUUGAUCCCUUGAUAGUCCAUUAUAAAAAAUGGAUAUUUACAGCUGUAUCGAAACAUUUUUAUCGACGUUACAAAACUACAGAUGGCUUAUAAACUUAGCUGACCACUGCUAUCCUAUUUCAAUGAUGUCUGUAAUCCACACAGCGAGCUAAAAUGGUACUAAGAAGGAGAUACAGCAAAGAGUUCGGCCGUAAGGCCACUCCCAUACCGAAAUACUUCAGCGAAAUAACCUUUGACGAGAGUUCAGAAUCGGAAACAUUUGAAAGCGAGACUUCAUCUUACACGACGUACUCCGGCGAAUCUGAAACUACGACUGUAACAACGGAAGACACCUUGAGCAUGAUCAGUACUCCUUGGAGCAGUGAAACGUGGGACUCUGCCGUUUUCAACAGUGCAAAUUCAGAGAAGACGCUAACACCGAAAUCUUCCACGUCCUAUGGAGCUACGACACCGUUCUUUAGCGUCAGCAGCAAAAACACUUUGACGUUAUUAGAAUCAGCUGUUUCGCUCAAUGAAAGUCACGUGAUGAAGCCGACCAUUCGAGCGACCCAGUCGAUGUCUUCGGGAACUUUAAGUUCGUGGACCCUUGAAAGUUUCACCAGCACGGGUCUCAUAGACUCUGAUAUUCUAAAAGUCGAGUAUCCCUGGAGCCCUUGCACUGAUAUGAGCGGAACUGAUGUAUACCCUAGUAGUGUAGACACGUUCGAAUCUAGAAAAGGUAGCAGGGCUGCAAUGAAUACUCUCAGCAAGAGAGAGCUAUUUCCCAUGAAUUAUUUGUGUACACCGCACGAAGACACUGUUCUAGAUUGGAUGUUAGUGAAGAACAAAGGGAUUUGUGUGUCGUGACGGGGAAAAAAACCUCAAAAAAAACAGUAAAAUAACUUUAUUUGAAA